AAACCCAAAACCCAAAUAGAUCCGAACCCGAAUGGGUACCCGAACGCCCACUUCUAAGAGCAUCUCCAACCAUUAACACUAUUUUAGUGUCAAAAUCACACUAUUUUAUUGCAAUUUCAACACUAAAAACAAGUUUUUCUCCAACCAUAACACUAAAUUUCACACUAAAACUAUUUUAUAAUAUUAUAUGUAUUAAGUUUCUUAUUUAUCAUUUAUUUAAUUGUAUGUUUUAUUAAUAAAAUAAAUAAAUAGUGUUUUAGUGGGAUGAACAUUAUUUUAGUACGGUGAAUAGUGUCACACUAAAUUUGGUGUGAAAUUUUAGUGUUACAUUAAAUAGCGUAAUUUUUGCAGUUGGGUUUGGAGAGGUUUUGGUUAAAAGAACCGUACUAGAAUAGUGUUUUGGAGCUGGGCUGGAGUUAGGGCUGGAGAUGACAUGAGUAGUUCUUUUAAAUUCCAUCUUCUCUUGUCGGGUUGUUUUGGUUGGGCCUCCAACUGUACCUAAAUUAAAUGAUGGGCCGCGUACAAACCGUGCGUUUUACGUUGCGUGACAUAUAUACGCCAGACUUAACAUCUUGAGGGCUUCUAUGUUGAAGAGAGAAACAUGAAUUCUAGAUUGGUUAAUGAGAACCCAAUUGUUUACCCUAAGAAACAAGGGCGUGUUCGUACUGAUCAGAGCAACACGGAUGAGUACUCAUCUACAAAUCAUAUAAGAGACAUCAAAGAUCCAGAGCAUUCUGAGCUUACACUAGAGGACCUCCGUGUGAUUACAAAAGAAUCUGUUGAAGUUGAUGACGCCAAGAGUUACGUUAGAGUUACACUCACGCCAACUCUUCCACAUUGUCACGUCCCCCACCUUAUUGGCCUUUGUAUCUACUCAAAACUUCUUAAAAGCCUUCCUACUCGAUUCAAGGUCGAUGUUAGAGUGGCACCAGGGAGUCACGCAACGGAGGCUGCAGUCAAUAAACAAUUAGGAGAUAAGGAGCGUAUAGCGGCAGCACUUGAGAGUCCCUACUUUGUGGAUCUUUUCAACUAAUGCUUACAAAUAUGUGAUUUUGGACCCAUCUAGUUAUGGCACAUUCGUUUAUGAUUUAAUCUUUGUCUUUAGUUUCUUAUUCCAGUAUCUUUAUAUGAUUACCAUACUUCAGAACUAGAGCAUGUAAUCUUUAUUGUGAUUCUUCAGCUUCAUUCUCUAAUAUUUAAUGACAGCUUCUUGCUAUUACUCGAAUAUCUUCAAAUAUCUCUCUAGACAAGUUUCUUGUUACAAUUAUGAACUUGGUAAUUGAGGUUUCUCCUUUGAAAAUAUUUCUACUUGUUGUGGCAAAUUAAGCAGGAAUAUUAUGUUUUAGGUGCUAGAAAAGCAACAACAGAUACAAAAUAAUAUCACAUUAGUGGAACAAGAAAGCUAAUUUAUGGAAAUAGAAGUGAUCCUCGGCUAAUUAAUGGAAAUAGAAGUCAUAGGAUCGUAGCUUUGAAAUAUCUUCUAAUUUAUUUUGAAGAUUGUCAAACUAUCCUCAAAAUAAGAAAACCUUCAUAUCAUAAUACAAUAAGAAUUACAGUAGGAUUUCUUAUUUU